AUGUCGGACGCGGAGGAAGCUUACAACGAGGCCCCAGAAAACUUUGAGGAUUUCGAUGCUCCAGACCAUUUUUCAGAUGACGAGUUUGCCGACCCAGACCCAGUCUCCCACCAAAACGGCAAUGAUGCCGAAAUGAAAGCCGAAGAUGGCAGAACCAUAGUCCAUGGCGGCUACAGCGAGGCCGAUGCUCAAGUAAGAGUGAAAACAACAAAGGAGUUGGCGAUCCCCAAAGAGGACAGAACAACGACACCAUACAUGACCAAGUACGAAAGGGCCAGAGUGUUGGGAACCCGUGCAUUGCAGAUUUCUUUGAAUGCGCCUGUGUUGGUGGACAUCGAAGGUGAAACCGAUCCUUUGCAGAUCGCCAUGAAGGAGUUGGCGCAGAGAAAAAUCCCCUUGGUCAUCAGAAGAUACUUGCCUGACGGAUCGUACGAGGACUGGGGCUGCGACGAGUUGAUUAUCGAAAACUAA